GGGACGAGCCCGAGCGGCGCUUUUACCGGGAGCUGCCCAAAGUGGAGCUUCAUGCCCAUUUGAAUGGCUCCAUCAGUUCUGCUACUAUGAAGAAGCUUAUGGCCCAGAAACCACAUCUUCAGGUCCCUAAUGGGAUGACCAUGAUUGACAAAGGGAAGAAAAGAACCUUAGAAGAAUGUUUUCAGAUGUUUCAGAUUAUUUAUCAGAUUACCAGUAGGACUGAAGAUAUAUUAAUGGUAACUAAAGAUGUUAUUAAAGAAUUUGCUGCUGAUGGUGUCAAGUAUUUGGAGUUAAGAAGCACACCUAGAGAGGAAACGGCAACAGGUAUGACCAAGAGGAUGUAUGUAGAAACUGUACUUGAAGGAAUAAAACAGUGUAAAGAGGAGGACUUGGAUAUUGAUGUAAGACUUUUAAUAGCAAUAGAUAGAAGAGGUGGAUCAACAGUUGCCAAGAAGACAGUGAAACUUGCUGAGGAGUUCUUCCUUUCUACUGAUGGGAUUGUUGUAGGGCUUGACCUCAGUGGUGAUCCCACUGCAGGACAUGGUAAAGACUUUUUUGAGCCCUUAGCAGCAGCCAAACAGGCAGGUCUAAAGUUGGCAUUGCAUCUCUCAGAGAUUCCAAGUCAAGAACAAGAGACCAAAAUUCUCCUUGGCUUGCCUCCAGACAGAAUUGGACAUGGCACAUUUCUUAAUUCUGCAACGAUAGGUUCAGAGGACCUGGUGCAGCUUGUCAGACAGAGCUCUAUACCUAUAGAAAUUUGUAUGACUUCAAACAUCAAAACUCAGACUGUACCUUCCUGUGAUAACCACCAUUUUGGAUAUUGGUACAAGAUGGGCCAUCCUGCUGUGCUUUGUACUGAUGAUAAAGGUGUCUUUGCAACAGAUCUGUCUCAGGAGUAUCAACUGGCCGCUAAAACAUUUAACCUCAGCCCAGCACAGAUGUGGGACUUAUCGUAUGAAUCAAUCAACUAUAUCUUUGCUUCAAGCAUUGUAAAAUCAAAGUUAAAGGAACAAUGGUGUAAACUGAAACCAAGCCUGUUAGUUAAUUAAACUGUAGCUGUGAAUUGCUGAAAACUGAAUAUAUUAGCUCAGUUAAUAAGGGUGUUUUUUGAGAGAGAGACUGGCCUUUUUGAGAUUUAACAGCUAUAUGGUCCAGUUCUUUGUGUACAUGUAUCAAGAGCAAUUGGAACAGACCCUUAUUUGGCAAGCUCCUUUCCAGAUGCUGCCUGGAAAGAGUCAAGUGAUAGGAAAAUGAAAAUGAUGGAAUUUAUUUCACAUCCACCUGCUUGAGGGAAAAUAUUUUUUAAAAGUACGGUUUGCUCAAAUGUGUUCACAAAAAUUGGACAGUCAGAACCAAAUAAAAGGGCUGGAAUAGAAUAGAAUACAGAGCUGGCCAAAAUGUGCCAAGCAGCAUGCAUUUGUCUUUCUGUAUCAGUCGUAAGUAAGCUUGUUGAACAGAAAGAUAAGGAACAACUUCAGGGAGAAAGAUAAUUCUUUGUACUCAGGUGACAUAUUCCAACUGCUUUUGCACAUGGAGAUGUUGGACAAAACCUACGAUGGCUUGUUUAAAUAUACAUGCUACUGUACAGUCCAGAUGGGCUGUAUAAAUAGUUGCACACUUAAUGUUGUAGGGGCUCUAUGUUGCAUUGCUAAGUAGAAAAACUUGUAAAGAAAUUCAGCUUUUUUGGGCCUCACUUCUAAAAUGUUUUUAACAAUGGAAAAUUGUUUUCCUCUUUUCAUUUGUUUUCUUAAAAGAGCAUGUUUAUUUCUGCAUGUCUUCAAAACCAGUUUCCUUUGUGUGCAUUGUUUUCAGACUAGAAGUAAGGCAGUUCUGCAGCAGAUUAUGUAAGGUAAUUGUAUAAGGGAUGCUUUUUUUAAAUUACUAGUACCAUUUGUGUUUUGACAAGAGAGGGAGCUAUUUAGUUCAAGAAGAGAAGUACAUGUGCAUAAAUUUCUACCUUAGGUCUGUCAUUCUGCAGAGAAUCUGAUGCAGCCUGGUCAGUACAUAUUUCCUGCAGCCCUGAGGAUAUGUAAAUGCAGGAGAAAAAAAAGUUUGAGCUCCUGUUACUCAGAACCACUCCUCUCCCAGUAUACUGCCUUUUUACAAUGCUAACAGAAGUAGAAAGUUUUAUUGAAAGUUUGGAGCAACUAUCCUUUUGCUAGACUGUAUUGUGCCAGUGCCUGUGAGAACAAUUGCUGAAUGACUUUUGUAUGUUGACAGGUAUCUGUAAAAGGGCCAGGGGCAGGGAUUGUCUUUGUCAAAAGAAAUAUUUAUUUUGCCUGAAUCUGCCAGAUGCUCAAUGAAGUGCAACCUUUUCAAGAGAAGGGGAUCUUGCAAGAGAUGACAUGCCCAAACUCCACAAACCUAAUGAUAGGAUCUCGGUCCUUGGUCCUCUGUACAUCAUAGCAACUUGAUAGCUUAACCAAUUGAAAACACAGUUUGAAACCUAGAGUAUCAAGAUAGAAAUACAUUGUUUAAAACCAUAGUAAAAGGCAGAUAUUUUUUAUUUUAAUACAAUAAACUCAUUUAAAAAACAUUUGAAAUUAUGGCAGUCUGUCAUGUACUUAAAUAAAAAUAAGUCUUUUAAGCUUUGACAGGUAAGAUGUACUGUGCAAGUCAAACCACUGAAAUGAGUGAAUUCACUGGCUAAGCACCUGGAACUAGUGUUUGAUGAGAUGAGAAGUCUGCUUUUGACAGGAGUAGGGUCUUUUUGGGAGCAGAGAGAAUACUGUAUUUUCAGAAUUUUUAGUUCAGUUCGGUUCAUUCAGAGCUGAGAAAGUAAGAAAAUUUGUUUUCUUUUCCAGUGUUAAAAUAAGUUAGGUGUGAAAGCCUGAGAUCUACUAGUUCUCAAAAAUUGGAGGACAUGGUAACUAGAAAAAUGAUUUUAGUUCACUGCUCCAAAUACUACCUCACUGAGUAAAUGUUAGUUUUAAAUGCAAAACAUAUUUUGAUAAGUUUUUUCCCCCUUUAUGUAUCUAGGAAAUUGACUGCAGUUUUAUUUGAGCAAUAAAAAUAAUUUUAA